AUGGGUUGGGAGCCCGGUAAAGGGCUUGGGCUUAACGAGGACGGAACAUCAGAGAAUAUUCAAUUAUCCGUUAAACAAGAUAAUCUUGGAAUCGGUGCUUCCAAGACCGAAGAUAAUUGGUUAGAGAAUUCUUUUGCAUUUGAUGAAUUGUUAAAGGGAUUGAACCAGGGAAAACAUGAAAAUGAGGACGAUCUGGAAUCAGAAGAGAAAGUAAAAAAAUCAAAAUCAAAAGAUGAAUUGAAAAGUAACGACGAUUCAGUUGAAUUCAAAAAAUCCGACGGUAUACCGUCUAUACGCCUUGCUCAUAGAAUGAAGUUUUUAAAGAGCAAAAAGGCUUCUGUGAAAGAUACUGUACGUUUGAAUGAAAUUUUUGGGAUAAAAACAAAAUCUGGUUCACCUGAUAUCAUAAAUAAGACCGAUGAGAUGACUGGCCAAUGUAAUUUUAGUGAUAUUUAUGGAGUUCAGACGACUGUCAACAAACAAAAUGUGAAAGAAUACUUUGCUUCGAAGACAAAAGUAACAGAAUCAAAAAUCACGACAUCCGAAUACGAACUUGAGGAAAGACCUGUUCUUGGAAUGGAUAAUUUCGAAUUUAGCCAGAACGAAAAUAUGACGGCGUGUACGGGCCUUGGGUUUGUUCCUGAUUCGACAAAACGCAAAGAGAAAAAGAAGAAAAGAUUAAUCACAGACAAUGUAAAUUCUGAUUGCGUGAUGAGAAGCGAAAAGAAGAAAAGAUUAAUCACAGACAAU